AUGAGCGAAGCGCAAAAUUUGCGCGUCAGGUUCUUGCAGCAGUCGGCUUUCAACUUGUUCCUGAGCACACCGGGUACCUCCAGGCAGCUGAUGCGGGAGAGCCAGGAGCUGGGCCGUGAGGUCUCCUUCCAGGUUACAAACCGUGGACAGUUUGUUUGUGCUACUUGCGGUACUAUACUCUUGCCGCAGUGGACGGUGAGAAGCAAGGUCAGAACGAAUAAGUCAACAGCCGGGCGGAAGGAUCUCAAAAGCGAAAAAGUCACACGGCGAAAGGUCCGCUCUCAGCGCUGUUCAUUAUGCGACCAUGUCACGAAGGAUGUCAUUUCCAUUGCAUCAAGUCCCCAGAAAGAGAAGAAGCAACCGGCCGCGGCUGCGGCUGCUCAAUCGUCCUCCGAGAAUGUUAUGAGCGCAGAUACAUCUUUGGAAAGCACGAGCAAGUCCACCAGCAAGAAACGAGCAAGGGCACGGAAAGACCGGGAAGGACUACAAGCGCUUCUCCAUAGGAGUGCACAGACGAAGAAUCCUCCAAGCCUCAACCUCCUGGAUCUGUUGAAGAAAUGA